AUGGAGAAGAAGCUCGCGCCCCCUCCCAAGCCUCCUGCGUCGAAGUCAGUCGUCCUGGUGGGCAAAGGGCCCCCACCAGCAUCAGGGCCUCCCAAAGGGGCCCCUCCAGGAGCCAAAAUUGCUGUCCAUGGCAGUGGCCCUCCUCCGGGAAAAGCUUCCUUGCCAAAACCUCCAGCAUCCAGUCUCGCGGCAGCAGGAAAGCUCCCGGCGGCGACGAGCCCACCUCCCAAAACACCCUUGGUAUCGGGAAAGGAAGCUACCCCUUCGGAACCACCCUUAGGCGGGACCACGAAAUCGUCUAAUGAGCUGUCUGUCCCCCAUGACACUUCAGUGAAAUCUUCAGUAUCUCCAGGAUCACCUCCCAAAACGCCUUUGGUCCUGAAGAACGGAGUCCCUCCCCCAAAGCCUCAACUCGACGGGCUCGCGAAACCUGCUAAAGCUGUGCCGAAUGGACCUCCUGUAGCCCCUGCUAAGCCUCCAGCUACUCUUAGCUCGCCACAGAAAGCACCUGUAGCCUCAAAGGACGGAGCUGCUCCUCCGAAAGCACCGGCGGGCGGAGCGGAAAAAUCCUCUAGUCCUACGCUGCCUAGCCCCCCCGCAGCUGUGGGGAAGCCUCCAGCUUCCAGUAGCUUACCUCCGAAGUCGCCGUUAGUCUCAAAGAAUGAAACUGCCCUUCCGAAGCUAUCAGUGGGCGGGGUCAAGGAACCAGCAACUCAGCAUAGCACUGCUACAAAAAAAAAUUUACCAAAGCCUCCGCCACCUAAUUCAGACGCAAGCUCAACAAAAAGUCCAUCUACUACUUCUUUGCUGGUGAAAGACUCUCCAAAACUAUCUCUGAAUAAGUCUCCAGGCAAUUCCAAGACGGCUGCUCCAAAGCCUCCCUCCCUCUUGGGACCUCAGAAACAAACGCCCCCCACCCUACCAACGGCAAAGGGAGGCCCGGUAGGCCCACCGGGAUCAAAAAUCCCGGAAGACAAAAGUAUCGCUUCCCCAAUGGCAGUCAAAGCUUCCCCAGAUCCGGGGCUUCCCACUACAGCAAAAAUCGCUCCCGGUCCAUCGCCGCUAGUAAAGGCCAAAGAACCGUCUACUUCAGUGGCAGGAGGCAAGGGGCCUCCUGGGCCUCUGCAUGCAGGAAACGGAUCACCUGGUCCGCCGGCAGAAUCAAAAGCCCCACAUAGCUUGCCUGUAAAGUCAAAGGCACCAGGCAGUUUGCAGACGGCAACAAAGGGGACUCCUGACUCUGGCCUUCCAGCAGGAACCAAGGCGUCUCCUGGAUCAGAAGCUGGGUCUGCUCAGCCAGCAGCACCACCGGAUGACCAGCCGACAGCAAGGGGAGUGGCUGUCUCAAAGGUCGUUCCCAAGCAGGGGCCUCCCGACGGAGGUAGCUCAGGCUUUCCAGUUGCCUCAUCUACUCCUGUUGCCUCUGCAACCUCCAGAUCUACCCUGGUAGCCCCUGAGAGUAAGGUUGGGGAUACUUCUUCAGGAGGCAGUAGAUCUGCACAGGCGUCUUCUGGCGGGGGCUCUCUGAAUAUGGAUGAGUUUGGAAGGCAGCGAGGCAGCGUAGGGAACUUGGCACCUAAAAGCGAGUUGUCCCACGAACUUGCAGGGAACGUCAUUCCCGUAUUUGACAAGGAGGGCAAGUUUGUGGCCUUCACAUCGGGCCCGCCAGCUCCACUUUACCGCUCAGAUCCAGCCAGGCGAUCGCGCCGACUGUCCGACCGCAGACCUGAAGAACGAGAAGCAAUGAAAGGACCAUUCGAGAGGGGAAUUGAACAAGGAGCCCUAGGAGGCGUGAGAGUUCCUGGUGGGAUUCCUGGUUUCUUCUUGUCAGUACCCCCAUGGCCAGCUCCCACCCCAAUGCCAAUGGACCAGGCCACUGGUUGGGCUGCCUAUCCUCCAAUCCCGAGCUAUUCUAUGCCCCAGGUAUCCCCUUAUGCCGCGUUUCUUCCCCAGCCACUCUCGCAAGUCCCCUAUCCCAUGAUUUACGGACCAGGGGGUGAAGAUGGAAGCCAACACGGCCUUUUGCCACCACAAGGCAAUUGCCGUGGGGCGGCGUGGCCAGAGUAUCCCCGUCAAACGGAUGCAGCUGAUGUUCGUGGUUCAAGCUUUAUUGCCCCUCAAGAGGUCUCCCAGCAGAAAGAUGGGAAGUCUCAGAAAGGCGUAACGGAACUCGUGGCUCAGAUGAAUGGACCUCGCGCUAGAGGCUACGUGGUCGCGAGCGGAGAUCAGGAGCUGGGGAAGACCAAAUGGCUACCCAUAGAACGACACCUCAAUAACAUCAGGGGAGGAUACGGCGAGUCGUACCGGCCGCCUGAAGAAGCUGAUGGACCCCCAAGGAAGCCGUCAAACAGAGCCAGGCGCAGAAGCUCCAGUGUGAGGGACGACGUUUACUCGGGCUUUCGACCGUACUAUUCUAGGGAGAAGAAGCCAUUCGUUGAUGAAGUGAUCCCCCGGUAUGCGGAGCCGCGCGAGCCUUCUGGCAGUAAGCCUACGGCACCUCGGAAAAGUGCACUGAUGACUAGACCCAAAGAUCGCACUUGGGACCGCUGGGGCUCGACUGGAUUGACCGCGCCUCGAAAGCGAACGUACCAAAGUCUCUCAGAAUUGGCGAACUGUUUCUCGAAUCUUGACGCUGAAGAUCAAGAAGACGUCAUCAGUCUUUUGUUACUUUGUAGGAAGCUCGAACAGCAAGUGGAAAAGCAGCACGUUGUAAUAGAUAUGCUGGAACACGACUUGUCAGAAGCCCAGAAAGUUCUGAAGUUCCCCCCAGAGUGGCGGCCACUUGAGGGCCUAGACCUUGCAGGAAUGGCUCCUUCAGGUAGACCAGUUCGGUUUCUACUUUACCAAACCACGUAG